GGAGCCGGCACAGCGACAGGCGCCCGGCGCUCGCCUCCUCCCCGGCCCGGCUGCCUCUUGCAGGCAGCUGCUCUGUCCGCGCGGGGAGCUCAGCCCGGCGCCCCGCCCCGGCGCCCAUGACCAGCGACUUCCAGAAGUCCUGACGCCCCAGGUAGGCGGCCGAGUUCCCCAGGGAACUUUGAGGAUGUGGGGAGAAAAGGGGAGAAAGACUGCCAGGGGACGGGUCUUACAAGAAGCGGAGAAAUUGAGCCAACCGUCACUCUGAACCUCCGCUGCCCCAUACACUCACCCUAGUAUCUCCUUCAAGACCCUCUUCGAAGGGGUCUCUGGGCUCCAAGGAGCUCCAGGCUUCGCAAUGGCAGAAACUUAGCUUUCAGCACCGCGGACAGCGUCUCCGCUGCCCAGCUCGGUGGCGAUGCCUUGAUCGCGCCGCCACUACCCGGCGGGACUCUCCCAGGAUGACACUCCUAGUUUGGUGCACUCGGGUGGGUGUGCAAAUACAGGCGCCCUUGAAGUACUGAUCCGUGUGCAUGUGAGUGCAUGUUCUCCUGGUGUGUAUCUGCAAAAACUCAGAAGUCCGAGUGGGCAUUUCACUCACUCAACAGGGUGCAAAUCUGGCCGAGAUGAACGCGAGCGCCGCCUCGCUCAACGACUCCCAGGUGGUAGUAGUGGCGGCCGAAGGAGCAGCGGCGGCGGCUACAGCAGCAGGGGGGACGGACACCGGCGAAUGGGGACCCCCUGCUGCGGCGGCGGCUCUGGGAGCCGGUGGCGGGGCUAAUGGGUCGCUGGAGCUGUCCUCGCAGCUGUCAGCUGGGCCACCGGGACUCCUGCUGCCAGCGGUGAACCCGUGGGACGUGCUCCUGUGCGUGUCGGGGACAGUGAUCGCUGGAGAAAAUGCGUUGGUGGUGGCUCUCAUCGCGUCCACCCCGGCGCUGCGCACGCCCAUGUUCGUGCUGGUGGGCAGCCUGGCCACCGCUGACCUGCUGGCGGGCUGUGGCCUCAUCCUGCACUUUGUGUUCCAGUACAUGGUGCCCUCGGAGACUGUGAGUCUGCUCACGGUGGGCUUCCUCGUGGCCUCCUUCGCUGCCUCUGUCAGCAGCCUGCUGGCCAUUACGGUGGACCGCUACCUGUCCCUCUAUAACGCGCUCACCUAUUACUCGCGCCGGACCCUGCUGGGCGUGCACCUCCUGCUUGCCGCCACCUGGACCGUGUCCCUAGGCCUGGGGCUGCUGCCCGUGCUGGGCUGGAACUGCCUGGCAGAGCGCGCCGCCUGCAGCGUGGUGCGCCCGCUGGCGCGCAGCCACGUGGCACUGCUCUCUGCCACCUUCUUCGCGGUCUUCGGCAUCAUGUUGCACCUGUACGUGCGCAUCUGCCAGGUGGUCUGGCGCCACGCACACCAGAUCGCGCUGCAGCAACACUGCCUGGCACCGCCCCAUCUCGCGGCCACCAGAAAGGGCGUAGGUACGCUGGCCGUGGUGCUGGGCACUUUCGGCGCCAGCUGGCUGCCCUUCGCCAUCUAUUGCGUGGUGGGCAGCCACGAGGACCCGGCGGUUUACACUUACGCCACCCUGCUGCCUGCCACCUACAACUCCAUGAUCAAUCCCAUCAUCUAUGCCUUCCGCAACCAGGAGAUCCAGCGUGCCCUGUGGCUCCUGUUCUGUGGCUGUUUCCAGUCCAAAGUGCCCUUUCGUUCCAGGUCCCCCAGCGAGGUCUGAAGGGCUCGCUCCGUGUCCUCUCGCCAACACCACACCCGCAACAAGCUAGCCUUUGGUAAGCUCGGUGUCUGCUGAUGAACUCUGAGAUCCCAAUGCCAUGAGUCUGACUUUGAAAAGAAAAAGGGACUAAAGAGAAAUGCAACAAACUCACAAGGACAAAGAGGCUUGUUGGCACUUUACAUAUACAGUGUAUACAUGUGUACAUAUAUAUACAAAUAUUUGUAUCUUCUGGGGGUGUUCAGGAUGUGGAGCUUCCUAUUCUGUGAAAAAUCAAGAAAAUGAUAUGGUUGUAUACUCAAAUUUUACAUCACAUUUGUCAAGCGAAGACAUUCCGAUACUGCUUAAUUAUAGCACUUUAUUUUUAGCUGCUGAACUGCCAAAACAGUGUUGCCAUUUUCGAGGGCAGGGAAAAGGGAGUAAAAGGUGUAUUUUUGUUGUAUGUGAUAGAAUAUUUUGCUGCACAUGCAUCAACAAAUUACAACAUAUUUUGUACAAGAAUAAACCCAUUAUAAGAAUGUAA